AUGCCCAAGACAGGCCUUGCCGCUGACGCCGUUCCCAGGCCAUCCGGUCGGGGGAGAAGAAAAAGCAAGAUCCGUCAAUGCGACAUCUGUGGACGGGCGUUCGCAAAGACAGAUCACCUCGAAAGGCAUGUCAGAUCACACACCAAAGAGAAGCCUUUUCAGUGCGAGAUAUGCGGUAAGAACUAUGGCAGACAUGAUACCUUACUUCGCCAUCAGAAAGAUCACACAGGCGAUCAGUCUAAAGCUGGACUAGGGCCCAAUGCCACCUUCCAUUCCUCACAAGCAUCGAGCCUGCACGAAGGUCUUCAACGCGCGUCUGACACGGCUUCCAAUGACCCUUCCAACUCACCCUUGACUCAAGAUCGAGGCAGCAUCUACGAUGCCAUUCGCCACGACUCGAUAAACCCUUCAGGUCACACCGACCCUGUCGAUAUGAUCCUGCCAGAAAAUGGCUCGUCCAAACCUGCCCCAACAUACGACUCAGUGGCUUCCAAUUUCCAGACACCUUUUGACGCCCCAUUCGACAUCUUCAACUUCGACUUCGAGGCCGAGUAUCCUGCGUGGCUGGCUGAUGGUGACUUUCAUGCGGGUCUUCUGGACACUCCUCUAAUCAACACUAUGGCUGAGCUCAAGCCCAACUGGACAGAAAGUCCUUAUGUAACCAACAGUCCCAGUGGAACCUACAAAUCCGCCCCUAAUAUGAAGCACUUGUGGUACACUCCAGGGCUCAACCCCCAGGAUGAGAUUCCACCCUCGGGUCCAGCAACACCUCCAGAAACACAAGUUGAAGUCGACGAUUCCUAUCGUCAGACUCUGCAUCAAAGUCUGCAAAUCCGUCCGCCACACGAGUCAACUUUGCCAUCGGCCGACUUUCUCAAUCUUUGUGUCCGCUCCUACUUUAGCAAAUUCCAUCCCUGCUUUCCCGUGAUACACGCACCCACCUUCCGACCUUCGAAAUCAAACUCGAUGGUGCUUCUAUCGAUAUGCUCAGUGGGCAGUCUUUUUACGGGCUCCGUCAAUGCGAUCAGGCAAGGUGUUCAGAUCUUCGAGCGGCUUCACAAGGCAGUUUUGGCAAAUUGGGACCGGCUGAUCAAUCGAGGCAGAGAUGAGAAAAUAUCCCUGAUUCAGACCGCAAUCAUUGGACAAACUUUUGGCCUCCUUUCUGGUGAGCCUAAGCACCUCGCAAUUGUCGACACAUUUAAUGGCACUCUCAUCUCCUGGGCUCGUCGCCUUGGAUCCUUCAAAGCCAAAAGGAUGAGGGACCUCGAUCUCUCGCUUACUGGUGAUGAUCUCGAGACACAGUGGAGGCAUUGGGCAAAAAACGAAGAGCUCAUCCGCAUAGCCCUUAGUGUGCAUGUACACGAUGCUGAGCUGGCUAAUAUCUUCCACCACGAACCCUUCCUACGCCACAAUUCCAGGCAGUUACCAGCUGCUGCUUCACAAGCUACUUUCAUGGCCGCCAAGGCUGAGGAAUGGCGCAUGGCAUAUCUCAAUGACCCAAGCAAUUUCAUCCUCCCUGGAACACCGUUGGUGUCUGUUGACGCAAACCUCCCCUUUGAUAUGUUAUCAAUCCCUAGUAAUAGCUCGUUUACCCCUUAUACCGUCCUCCAAGGAAUUUGUGUCAACAUUGUGGAACAUCAAAUCAGUGCACACCCUCCGCCUUCGAGGAAACAAGAAAUCUCUGGUCUUCUCACAACAUUCCAUUCACGAUUCCUUCAGACAGCUCCACCUUGGGGAUCGGAUUCCAUGGACAUGACCAUAUUGUGGCAUCUUGCUUAUAUGUCGAUUUGUGCUGACUUUGAUCUUUUGGAAAGAGCCAUUGGCCGUGAGGGUGGUACGCUUUCGACCGAGGACCAGGUGCUCGUAACGGCAUGGGCCAAUUCGGUCGAUGCUCAAAGAUGUGUCAUACACGGUACCAUCAUUCAGAAAAAGCUAGAGAAUCUUCCCCUCGGCUUUGAGCCCGCCAUUCAUGUUCCCAGGGCCAUUUUUCGAGCCGGAAUUGCAUGGUUCUGCUACACCCGCUUCGGUACUGAAGUUGGCGGCCAGCAGGCAAUUGUCCCCGAGAGUCUUGAUUUUCCAGAAUUCAAGAUCGUCGGUGUCAACCCAGCCGCCCUGUUGUUCCAAGCGAAUGGUUACAAACAUGGCCGCCCUAGCGCCACCGAGAUCAACGCUGCGUUGUGUGGUUUGACCGAUUUGUUGCGUCGGAUCGGGCAUUGGGAGAUUGCAAGAAGGUUCGCGGCAAUUCUGGCGGCUCUCCUGCACGACGAAGCAGGCUGA